AUAUAAGUAGGGCGCGACUAGAAAGCGCGCCAUGCUUUUAGUUUGAAGCAUCGGUCUCUGGACGUGGAGUGGAAGUGCUCUAGGGUUUACAUUUCGUAUCGAAGAUUCUCCCACUGCCAAAACAAAUUCGAUAGCCAUGGCGAGCACCAAAGUUCAGAGGAUUAUGACUCAACCGAUUAACUUGAUAUUCAGAUUUCUCCAAAGUAAAGCUCGUAUUCAGAUUUGGCUAUUUGAGCAAAAAGACCUUAGGAUCGAAGGCCGAAUUAUUGAGGUAGGCAGAGGAAGCUGGUUCUUUUAUAUUAAAGUUAUCAUUUUCUUGACCGAACAGGGAUUUGAUGAGUACAUGAAUUUAGUUCUUGAUGAUGCUGAGGAAGUUAAUGUAAAGAAAAAGAGUAAAAAAGCACUCGGGAGGAUUCUUCUCAAAGGAGACAAUAUAACGUUAAUGAUGAAUACGGGAAAAUGACAGACCACAUUAUUGAGAUAGUUUUCACUUCCAUCGUAUGGCGUUAUAGCUUUUACAAUUAUCUUCCUUUUGGAGUUGUAUCUUUCAACGUUUUAAUCCAUCGAUGAUUAACUAGUUAUUAUCUGGAUGUAUAAUGUUAUUUUGCUGUUGGUAGAUAAUAUCCUUGUAUUCAACUCCUUUUAAUUUAUCAUCCUUAUAACCGGUUGUUUAUUC